AUGGACGCCGAAGAAGGGCCGUCGUGUGUCGAGGCAUCCAAGACCGUGGACCCUCCCCAUUCCACGUUUCAGCGUCUUGGCCCAGGGAUUCGAUGUCGUUGCCCGGAUACUGAGCGACAGAUGAUGCAAGUGAGGCUAGAGCAUCUCGAAUUUGAAGACGCAUGUCAAAAUUCGCCGUUUUUUCGAGAUUUGCUAGGCAAACACGAGAACGUGUUGGAGGUAUUUCACAAUCGUGCGAAGCUCGUGGAACAAUUCAUUGGACGCAUGCUCGACCUUGAAGAUGCGAAAGCCACUCAGAGUAAGCUGCUAUACGAAACAAUUUCACAAUUGGCCAUCGAUCCCAUCGGGAAGAAAGUGAAAUCAGAGUUAUUCACAGAUGAUUGUUUUGGGACCUACUCGAAAGAGAUCCAAUCAAUCGAAGAGGCCAUUAUGGAGAAGCGUCGAAUGCAGCGUGACAUUUUAAAGGAACUUCGGGACUUUCGCAUUGAAAAAAUUGAACAUUGUAUCUUCCAAGAGCGCAAACAGUACAAGGAUGUAUCGGCGAAAUUUGUGGCCGCUGAAGAUAAAUUUCUUGGGCUGCUGCAGAAGAACCGUGACUGUGAAAGUGAUUCCAACUAUGCCGCCAUCCGGCUGGCGUUCGAGAGGAAGUCUAUCGAUUACGUCCUUUCUCUUCAGUCUCUCGAAGAUCAAAUACGAUUUGAAUAUUGCGCCAUAGUGUCCAAAUAUUUGCUUCUCACCUAUGGGACUGAGCCGGGUCACGAGUUCGCCAAAGCUUUCAUCAACUACAUUGGAGAAGUUCAGGAGCGAAUUGAAACGCUGAGGAGCAGUAAUGAGUUUUCGAUGCAGCAAGCACUCAUUCUAAAAAGCCAGACGAUAGAGCGCCGUAUGAAUGAGGAGGAGCCGAUCAAGCGCCAGCUGGCGCAGAUCCAAGACGGCUACCUGCUGAUGCACAUAAAGAAACCGAUUCGCGGCGGAAUGAAUAUCUUGACAAAGAAGUGGAGCCGGGUGUUUGUGAUCUGCCACAUGCCUUCGAAGUCCUUGACCGUCGUACCCACUUCCAAAGAGGAGCUCGCAAAAGCAUGCCAAGCCAGCUGGGCCAUGAAGAUUACCCAUGUUACGGCCCUAAAGGACCAUGAUAGAAAAUACAUUUUUGAAGUGUCCGGCGAGACUGGAAACAUGGUUCCGAUGUCCGCCGUGUUUCAAGCCGUCAGCGAAAAGGACUUCCACUGGUGGUUUUCCGCCAUGGAAUCCAAGGAUCAGGCAAAGCCGCAACAGCUGAAUGUCUACCUAAGCAGCACCAAUCUGCAAUAUAUCCUGUCUCCGGUCGGUGUGCACAUGAUGAAGAUAUUGAUCGAAAAUAUUGAAGAGAGGGACAUUACCUCUGUCGGCAUCUAUCGUGUCUGCGCCCCGCAGGCGAGGGCCAAAAAGCUGUUGACCGUCAUCCAAGGAAAAGACCUAAUGGUCGGUGAGGCAGCGAUGAAACAAGAGACCGAUGUGGUCUUGUGCUCGGCUCUGAAAUCGUUCUUACGGGAACUGGCUACCCCUUUGAUCGGUGGCGAACAGUACGGCGGUUUUCUGACUGCUGCUGCUUCCACAGAGGGAGAAGCGCAGUUCAAAGCAAUGCACGUGCUUCUCCAUCAGCUGCCGGCGCUGCACAAGGAGCUUCUGAAAGCAAUCAUCCUCCAUCUGAAAAAGGUGUCGGAACAUUCCGAGCUAAACAAGAUGACCGUGCCCAACUUGGGAAUUUGCUUUGGACCGACGCUGCUCCGUCCGGUGGCAACCGUGGCGGGCAUCCAUGAUGUUAAAUUCUACCCGACCAUUGUCGAGGUGCUCAUCAAUAAUGCCGACAGGAUCUUUGAGCCACCAAAAGAUGGUGUGCUCGAUUUGCCAGUGAUUCAUCGUCCGAUUGGAGGGAGUCCUGCCUAUGAGAGAUUGUUCAAUAACACGAAGUCUUCGGAAUGGGUCAACCCGAAUGAGGAUGCGGGGACGGCGCCCCGCUUGCCACAACAAAUCUCCUUGGACGAAGACAGCCUUCCCGGAAAUAAGGAGUCAUUCAACUCCGCGAAAGAGAUACCGCCAGUCGCUCGCACUCGCAUAGGAUCGGGUUCAGGCUCCGGAUUGCAACGCUCUCUUCAUGCAGCCUGCCGUGAAAUGGAUAGCCCAAUAUGUGUGGCAAGUCCUCCGCGACGGAAACGAAGCUAUCGCGCUGUUGCUCUCUACGAUUGUGUGGCUGAACACGACUCGGAAAUUACUUUUUGUGAAGGAGACAUCAUUGAAGGAGUGGUGUCAUCAAAGGAGCAAGGCUGGUUGAUCGGCACGGUGAAAGGCCAAACUGGACUGCUUCCCGCAAACUUUAUCAAGCGCAUCGAG